AUUACAGCGACCUGUCUCUUUAAAUUACUGUCAAAGCCGAUUAGCGCUGUUUUCACCGUCUGUUCUCCUCAAUCUAUUUUGGUUUUACGCUGCUACAGCCUGCACGAUAAGUCUUUUGCGAUUUUCCACUUGUAUAGGCUAUAUUUUUCUCGCCAUUUGGGAUGAUUUGGAUCCCCUUUCUAAAAAGUUUGAGGCAUGAGAUGUGGGAUUAUUUAUUUAUUUCUGGUUUCUUCGCGGCGCACAGAGUGGACCGGACUCAAAUUCCCCCCUGCGCGUCUGUGGUGAACUUGGAUUAGCGCGCUCUCUCCUCCACAUCUACUUUCUCUCUCCUAUCCUGUCCAACUCUCUCCGAAAAUAUGAUAGAUAUGUCACAGAUAUGACAUCAAAAACAACGACCACUUUUUGAAAUCGACUGAAAGAGAAGGGGUCUCACGGAAAAUGCAGAAGAGCGUGCGCUAUAAUGAGGGGCACGCUCUAUAUCUGUCGCUUGUCGCGCGCAAAGAGGGCACGAAACGCGGCAUCCUGAGCAAGAAGACGACGGAGAACAGUCGGUGGAAUGACAAGUACUUUGCUCUCUACCAGAAUGUGCUCUUUUACUUCGAGAACGACCAGAGCACUCGGCCCUCCGGGAUUUACUUGCUGGAGGGGUGCACGUGCGAGAGGGUUCCCGCGCCCAAAGGCGCCACGGUCAGUAAGGACAUGGUGGACAAGCAGCAGCACUACUUCCUGGUGGUGUUUGGCCAUGACGGUCAGAAGCCUCUGGAGCUGCGGACGGAGGAGGAGUCAGACUGCAAAAAGUGGGUGGAGUCUAUCCAACAGGCCAGUUACUCUGACAUCAUCAUUGAGCGCGAGGUCCUGAUGCAGAAGUACAUCCACCUGGUCCAGAUCAUGGAGACAGAGAAGGUGGCGGCCAACCAGCUACGCACCCAACUAGAGGACCAGGACACAGAGAUAGAGAGGCUGAAAGCAGAGAUCGUGCUGUUGAACAAGGCCAAGGAGAGGAUGCUGCCUUACCAGACCAACCAGGAGGAGGAGGACCCAGACAUUAAAAAGAUCAAAAAGGUCCAGAGUUUCAUGCGAGGCUGGCUGUGUCGGAGGAAGUGGAAGAUCAUCGUCCAGGACUACAUCUGUUCCCCCCACGCUGAGAACAUGAGGAAGAGGAACCACAUCGUGUUCAACAUGGUGGAGGCCGAGACCGAGUAUGUCUGCCAGCUCUCUGUCCUGGUCAACUUCUUCCUCAGGCCGCUACGUAUGGCCGCCAGCUCCAAGAAACCUCCCAUCAGCCACGAUGACGUCAGCAGCAUCUUCCUCAACAGUGAGACCAUCAUGUUCCUCCAUGAGAUCUUUCAUCAGGGCCUGAAGGCUCGGAUAGCCAACUGGCCCACGCUGGUGCUGGCGGAUCUGUUUGACAUCCUGCUGCCCAUGCUGAACAUCUACCAGGAGUUUGUGAGGAACCACCAGUACAGCCUGCAGGUGCUGGCCAACUGUAAACAGAACCGGGACUUGGACAAGCUGCUGAAGCAGUAUGAGGCGAACGCUGCCUGUGAGGGACGCAUGCUGGAGACCUUCCUCACGUACCCCAUGUUCCAGAUCCCUCGUUACAUCAUCACUCUCCAUGAGCUGCUGGCACACACGCCUCAUGAGCACGUGGAGCGCAAGAGCCUGGAGUUCGCCAAGUCCAAACUAGAGGAGCUGUCAAAGAUGAUGCAUGAUGAGGUGAGCGAUACAGAGAACAUUCGUAAGAAUCUGGCCAUUGAGAGAAUGAUCGUAGAAGGCUGUGACAUAUUACUGGAUACCAGCCAGACCUUUGUCAGACAGGGCUCUCUGAUCCAGCUCCCAUCCAGCAGUGAACGGGGCAUGCUCAGUAAGGUCCGUCUGGGCUCUCUGUCCCUCAGGAAGGAAGGAGAACGACAGUGCUUCCUAUUUACGAAACACUUCCUUGUCUGCACACGCACCUCCGGGGGAAAGCUGCACCUGCUCAAGCAGGGUGGGGUGUUGUCCCUAAUAGAAUGUACCCUUGUAGAGGAGCUAGAUGCCAACGAUGAGGACUACAAUGCAGGAGGUCAGGGCUUCAACCACCUGGAGUUUAAAAUCGUGGUGGAACCCCCUGAUGGCCCCGCCUUCUCUGUCGUCCUAUUGGCUCCCUCCCGCCAGGAGAAAGCUGCCUGGACAAGUGACAUCAGUCAGUGUAUAGAUAAUAUCCGCUGUAAUGGCCUGAUGACCAGCGUAUUUGAGGAGAACUCUAAAGUAACUGUGCCGCACAUGAUCAAGUCGGACGCACGGCUGCACAAAGAUGAUGUGGACAUCUGCUUCAGCAAGACGCUCAACUCCUGCAAGGUCCCCCAGAUCCGCUACGCCAGCGUGGAGCGGCUGCUGGAGAGACUGACUGACCUGCGCUUCCUCUCUAUCGACUUCCUCAACACCUUCCUCCACACGUACAGGAUCUUUACUACCGCUGCUGUGGUCAUGGACAAACUGGCCGACAUAUACAAGAAACCUUUUACCUCUAUACCGGUCAGGUCUCUGGAGUUGUUCUUUGCCACCAACCAGGGGACAUGGGGAGGCGAGCACCUCAACAACAAAUCUCCCCGUCUCUGUCGCAAGUUCUCCUCUCCUCCUCCUCUCACCAUCCCCUCCCGCACCUCCUCCCCGGUUCACUCCCGCAAACUCUCCCUCUCCUCCCCGGUCUCCUCCAAGGCAGGGGUCCUAGACCUCUCCACCCCUUCCUCCUCUGCUGCUAACUCCCCCACUUCCUCUCACCCUCCCUCCAUCUCCUCCCCCUCCCAACGCCACCAGGCCCCCUUCAGGGUUUUCCUCCCCUCCUCCCAACCCCUUCUAGAACUGAGCCGCCCCACCUGUUCACAGGAACCUGUCCCCCCAACGCCAGAAGAGGGAGGAGACAUGCCGCGCAUCGACGCAUUCUGUGGAAAACUCAGACGCAGCAUCCGCAGGGCUGUUCUGGAGACGGUUUCUCUGGAAAAGUUCCUCCCAGAGUCUAACCCUCAAGUCAGCGAGGACCGAGUCCCCCUGACAGAGUCCCCCUGUCGUUCCCCCUCUACACCCAGACACAUGCGAUACAGACAGUCUGGAAGUUCCACGGGGGAAAACAAUCGUGGUACUAUGUCACCAGCCUCAGCCUUCGCAAUUGCCACGGCAGCCGCCGGACACGGCAGUUCCCAGGGUUUCAAUAAUAGCGAGAGGACCUGUGACAAGGAGUUUAUCAUCCGUAGAGCUGCUACCAACAGAGUCCUCAACGUACUGCGUCACUGGGUCUCCAAGCACUCACAGGACUUUGAGAUGAACAGUGAGCUGAAGGUGGGUGUAAUGACCCUUCUGGAGGAGGUGCUACGAGACGCAGACCUGCUGCCUCAAGAGAGGAAAGCCACCGGAAACAUUCUAAGUGCUCUUUCUCAAGAUGAACAAGAUGAUGCUCAACUCAAGAUAGAAGACAUCCUACAGACGGCGGAGUGUCCCAAAGCAGAGUGUUUUGAGUCUCUGUCUGCGAUGGAGCUGGCUGAACAGAUCACCCUGCUAGACCACAUUGUGUUCAGGAGCAUCCCUUACGAAGAGUUUCUGGGCCAGGGCUGGAUGAAGCUGGACAAGUCAGAGAGAACUCCAUACAUCAUGAAGACCAGUCAGCACUUUAACGAUAUGAGUAACCUGGUAGCGUCUCAGAUCAUUGCCCAUACAGACGUGGGCUCCAGGGCUAACUCCAUAGAGAAGUGGUUGGCGGUUGCUGAUAUCUGUCGCUGCCUUAACAACUAUAACGGAGUUCUAGAGAUCACCUCAGCUCUCAACCGCAGCGCCAUCUACAGGCUGAAGAAGACAUGGGCCAAAGUCUGCAAACAGACCAAGUCGUUGAUGGACAGGCUGCAGAAGACAGUGUCAUCAGAGGGCCGUUUCAAGAACCUGAGAGAAACCCUGAAAAACUGCAACCCUCCCUGUGUGCCCUAUCUGGGGAUGUACCUGACUGACCUGGCCUUCAUCGAAGAGGGAACGCCCAACUUCACCGAGGAGGGACUCGUCAACUUCUCCAAGAUGAGGAUGAUUUCUCACAUCAUCAGAGAGAUCCGUCAGUUCCAGGGUGCGCCCUACAGGAUAGAGCACCAAGCCAAGGUGACUCAGUUCCUGCUGGAUAAGACUCUGGUGAUGGAUGAGGACACGUUGUAUGAGCUGUCCCUGAAGAUUGAACCCCGCAUCCCUCCUGGCUAAAGACACAGAAACAGUCGGUCUCAGUCCAGCUGCAUCAGACACUUAGUAGUUAGUGUUCUUAUUGUUAUCUGCUUGGUAACUAUGGAACCAGUGGACGGGAGAGCCCUGAGAAUCACCCGGUUAAGGGUUCCUCUUACUUUAUCACCAUUGCCAAUGAUUAUGCUUAAGAACUCUGGUGAAUAUGUGCCUUGCUUGUAAAUAUGUACAUAUCAAGAUUUAGUAAUAAACUGUAAAGUGUGUUUAUAACAUGUUAUAAUGAUUUCCUGAUGAUCUUGCAUGCAUUUCCAUGUAUCCAUUUACAUUUGCUCUGAAAAAGGCAGGUUUGGCUGUAACUGAUUAGGAGAGACGUCUAGCUUGCCAGACUAAUGGCAGCUGUGGGCAGACGAGUGGGGAGGAACAGUGGCGGUCACUAUAUUGCCCUCUACUGGUGAACAGCCUCAUCAAAUAGUGAUAACAUUCCCCAAAGGUUUUUGCACUUCCUUGAAGACAUUUUCAUGGGUCCAUCCGAACCCGAAUACCCGAGACCCGACCGGGUUCAAAAUUCAAUAUUUUCCCUCGGGUCCGGGUCGUGUCCUGUCUGAUUGUCAUCGGGUCUCCGGUCUAUUUAACUACAGCUGAUAGACUAGAGUGGAGACGAAUGGACCCGACCACGGCUCUGCAUAGCCUAUAGUAUAUUUAUUAUACCCUAAUAAGGUGAAUUUAUUGAUUUAUAGAAGGCCUAGCCAAAAUAUAAAAACCUAUUUGUUAACCAGAAGACGAACUUGUCACUCGGGUCCAAUCGAGUCUAUCUGUGUCUGUUGAACAAUUACCUGAUUGGUUCCGGCCUUGUUCCUGUUGACACACACUGAUGAUGUAAGCAUGGACUUUAACAUCCUGUCAUUUAGCAUGUUUAUUUACUUACUUGUGUAUUAAGCAUUUUAAACAUUGUUUUACUUCUGUCUAUUAUUGUAUUCACACUGGACACUGACAUCAAUUCAACAUCUACUCCACAUUGGUUCAAGGUGAAAUGAGGUGGAAACAACAUUGAUUCAACCAGUGUGUGCCCCGUGGGUUCUCUGUGUGAAGGUUUUAAACUGUUAUUUGUUACACGAAACAUUUGAAGAACAUGUAAAGGCAUAUGAGGAGCCACUUUUUUCAACCGUGUCAUUUUGAACAAUCUAAUAUACUGUAGCUAAUUCUCCCCAGAGCCAGACAGUGUAUAAGAGAAUAUACAUGUACAGCUUUACCUUUGCCAGUCCUGACCCAAAUUGCACUUUCAGAAAUGUUGUUCAAUCAAGUGUAACAUGUCUGUUUUGUGAAUGACGACAUUCAAGUAAAGGGACUUGACCCAAA